AUGAUUAGUAAGAUAGCACCUGGUUCAUUCAAGCAGCAAUCUGGUCCCAGAAAGGGAAAGCUAUAUUGUACUGAAUGUGGAUAUACUUCUCACACAACUGACAAGUGCUUCAGACUCAUUGGUUUUCCUCCUGGUUUUAAAUCUGGCAGAAAUAAGGGAAUUAAUUCUUCAAGCCAAGUUCAUUCAGUAGCAUCUUCUGGUGAGCAAAGCUUUUCUUCAAUGCCAUUUACUCCAGAACAAUAUAACCAAAUACUCAGUUUGAUUAAACCUAUCAAUGUUCCACCUAUUGAUACUCCUUCGAUCAAUAAGUCUGAUAACAUCACCCCGACAUUCCAACCUCAAUGCAACAUGACAGAUCUUCUAGAAUUAGGAAUGUUCCUAGCUACCUUGAUCAAUAUCAUUGCAACCUCUUUACUUCUUCAUCAAAUCAAUCUCGCUCCAUGUGUUCAGGGAGAUCGAAUAAGGCACCAUGCCUCCGUUCACUUGGACGGAGGAAUCGUCCAAGGGUGGACGGAGGCAUACGGAGGCAUCUCAUGCCUCCGUCCACUUGGAUGGAGAUUAGGGGCAAAUGUAAAUAAUUUGGCAGAAGUGGCAAUCUCCAGACUCCAAGGGGAGAUGGCGAAAGAUGGAAGAGGACCACCUACUGCUUUGAAAAGGUCGCGUGAGAAUUCCCUCUCGGAGAAAACCACUCAUAGUAGAUCACCGGAAAAGUCAAGAGAUAAAAAAGCGCUGGACCUAUUCUGUGUGGAUCUUACUGCCCGUGCUAUCAAUGGACUGAUUGAUCGUGUGAUUGAAAAGCGCAUAAUGUCCUUAGAUAUUGGCCUAUUAAUCUCUCGAGCUAAGGAAAGGGGUGAGUUGGAGGGACGUGUAACCACAUUAAUUAAGGAGAUUAAGAAGUCAGGCAAUAUAAUUCUCUUUAUUGAUGAGGUCCACACACUUAUUGGUUCUGGCACGGUUGGACGAAGAAAUAAGGGAUCUGGUCUAGACAUAGCUAAUUUAUUGAAGCCGGCGCUAGGACGCGGUGAACUGCAGCCCAGCCCAAGAGACUUGCUCGUCCAGUGUUUUAUUAAACGGAAUAGUUCUACACAAACAUUCUAUCUUUACCUCAGUUUAUCUCAAGUAUGCUUUAUGGACAACGGACCUGGACAAGCAUGGGACAGGCCUACAUAG